CCAGGAAGAACAAGCGAUACAUUUACUUUGAGUCUGUCGCUUUUAUGUUGCCAAAAUGCCGGAUAGUUGUUGUGCUGUCGGGUGCACUAAUCGAAGAGGAGACAAGCCUGGGCUGUGUUUCUACAGAAUCCCGUCCGAUAAAGAAAACCCAGAGAGGAGGAGAUUGUGGAUUUGUGCCAUUAAACGUAACAUUACCUCUGUCUCCGGGGAGGGCAAACAGUGGCAACCGUCCAAAUAUACACGUAUUUGCAACGAACACUUCAUCCAAGGUACUAAAUCUGAUGACCCGUUGUCCCCUGACUGGGUACCAUCCAUCUUCACACACACCCCAGCCAUUAAGAAGAGGAAAAGAAAGAAAGACACUAAGAGGUAUGAGCAGCACAACAGAAUGAAGAACAGGAGGGUGGAGGAGAAGAAGAGGCAAGAUGCAGUGGAUGUCCUCCUAGAACUGUCAUCAAUGCCUGAUGCUGAGCUGGCGACACUUGCUGAGGAAGAACAACAGUGUGACAACAGACCAUGUAAGGACAAGAUGGAAAGAUUACAAAGGGAAUGUAAUGAGCUCAGGGAGGAAAAUCAAAGGCUGAGAGACAUUAUUAAAUUAGGGAUGUUUGAUUAAUCUGUACAAUGCUGAGCUUAAGAUCCCAGCCUUUACCAAAGGGAAAAAGCAUCUUGGUCCUGUGGAAUUGGAGUCCACACAAGGACUUGCAUCAGUACGGAUCCAUGUUGAGAGAGUUAUUGGUGAGGCAAGGAAUGGGUACACCUUACUUCAAAGUACAAUCGGAAUUCAAAUGUGUGAAGCUGAACACCCAAAAGGUCUUAACACCUCUAGAUAAAAUAGCCCAUGUGUGCUGUGCAUUGACAAAUUUGGCUCCCUCAGUUGUUCCUUUGGGCCAAACAUUAAAAUGGGUGUUGGUACACAAUUGAUUAUUUCCAUCAAUGAAAUAAUGAUGGGAGAUGUCACUGAUAAAUUCAUACUUUUAUUGAUAAAUAACUAAUUUGAUGUUUGUUUGCAAAGUUAAAAAAAUAAUUUCAACAGUCAUUAAUUCCAGACAAUAACACGGUUUUCUAAAAAAGCUAGGGAAAAAAGCAAGUAAUACAUGGAAUAAAAUAAUCUGUGUCCUAUUUCUGGUCCCAUUAACAAAGCACGGAACCCCCACUGACACAGAUACAUACUGUAAAUGUUUGCACAUGUAAAUAAAAUGUAAAUAUUUUGUAUAUAUACAAAAGUCAAAAAUAUAUAUCACUUCACAAACUGCCAUAUUGCACAUAUUUCUUAUUAUUCUUUUAUAUUUUGUCAAUUAUAUAAUAUACAAAUACUCUUUCCCUGCAAUAUAUUUGCACAACACAAAUCCAGGGUAAUGCACAUGUAUAUAUAUACCUGCCAAAAAACAUUGCUUUUUGUGUGUUUUACACAGUUCUAUUGUUGUAUA